AUGCACUCUACCAGCAUCGAAAAUUUGUCCUACAUCAUCCCAGACACCUUCAUCGCGCUACAUUUCCCGGACGUCCUUGAGAAAGUAGUUCCGGAAUCAACGCUCAUCCGACAAAUUUUUCAUAUCGCUCGGCUGCUGAAUAACAUCCGAACUACAGCUUAUGUGUCGUCUGAACAGGCAACUGCGCUCCGUGGAGAAACCCCUUCCAUCGCCCAGACUUCCCAGGAUUCGGAGGCUGAGGCUGCGAAGCUGAUGCUAGGGAAGCUCGGACGGUCUAUCGAGAACUGA